GCGACGCCAGUAUUGCCGAUUGCUUUAAAAGCCGCGGCCCCUCUUCUAGUUCCUUCCCCUGGAAAAUCAACAACGAUCAGAAAAAGAUUAAAAAGCCCUAACCGCUCCGAUCGAAUCAUCGAGAGGACAGCCACGUCCAUGUCGCCGGCGAUCGCCGCGUCCCAAGGGUGAUCCCUCCGCCCCGGCGCCGUUCCGUCUGUCCGUGUGAUUGACAUGAGGGCCGCAACGACAGAUCCGUCUCCGGCGCCGUCGAGGUCGAUGCUGAAGCGCCUGUUCGACCGGCAGCUGCUCCGGGUCUCCCCGGCGGAUCGGCUUCCGUUGACGGCGGGGGAGAAGGAUGAGGUGGUGGAGCCGAGCUCCGUGUGCCUGGACGGCAUGGUCCGCAGCUUCCUGGAGGAAGACGGCGCCGGCGCAGAGAAGGCGGGGCACGGCGGGCGGUACUGCAACUGCUUCCACGGCGGCGAUAACUCGGACGAGGAAGGGGAUGACGACGCCGCCGGCGCGGCCUCUGACGCCGCCGAAACCAUCAAGGGGCUCGUCCAUUGCGCCACGCUCCGGGAGCGCAACCUGCUGGCGGACGUCUGCGCGCACCUGGAGCGCCACCGCGCGGCGGGGGCGCGCCGACGCGAGCUCCUGCGCCUUGUGACCGCCUCGCUGCGCGCCGCCGGCCACGACGCGGCCGUGUGCGUCUCCCGCUGGGACAAGUCCGUCUCCCACCCCGCCGGCGAGCACGCGUACCUCGACGUGCUCCUCCCGCCGGCCUCCGACCGGGGCGCCCGGGAGCGGGUCGUCGUGGACGUCGACUUCCGGGCGGCGUUCGAGGUCGCGCGGCCCACCAAGGCCUACCGGGCCCUCCUGCAGCGCCUGCCGGCGGUGUUCGUCGGCAAGGACGACCGCCUCCGCCUCCUCGUCGCCGCCGCCGCCGAUGCCGCACGCGCUAGCUUGAAGAAGCGCGGGCUCCACCUCCCGCCGUGGCGGAAGCUCGAAUACAUGCGGGCCAAGUGGCUUUCGGCGUACGACCGCGAGGCGCCAGCUUCCCCUGACUCUGCUGCCGACGAGGUCCCCGUCGGAGAGGAAACUGCCGCUAAACCUGGUUGGAAAUUUUCCCUUUGAGGAGGGCCUAGACGCGAAACUAAAAUCUCCUCAAAACUUAACAAAUUUUUGGAGCCUUUUGGGCAGCAGUGAGAAUACCGUAUCUAAGUAUUGGCGAAAUGAUGGGUAGAAAAUGUAGUGUAGUACUCGUAGUGUUAGACUAAGGAAGAGAAAGAAAAACACCGAAUUUACUUGUGCUUUUGCUGCUUACAUAUUGCUCCAUUUGCUACCUGUACAUGAUUAUCAUCAUGGCAGUGGUAACAAUUUUGAGAUCACGGCCUACCCGUAAUCUGUUUAUUUGACUAAAAUGUUGUUCACUAGUGGAUCA